AUGGAUCAAAUGCUUCCAAGUCCUGGCUUCAGCAUACCAAGUAUUGGGACACCACUACAUCAGCCAGAUGAAGAUCAACAAAUUUUGCCCAAUGCUCUCCAACAGCAGCAAGAAUCGCAGCAACAACAACAACAACAACAGCAAUUUGGAAUGCAUUCACAAAUGGGCAUGAAUCCAAUGUCUGCCCUGAUGCAGACUCCACAAAGGUCCAUGCACACGUAUGCCAUGAAUCAACCAUUUGCCACACCACAUAAUUUGAUGCAGCCUCAAACUCCACAAAACCUCAUGUCCCCUCUCAUACCGCCUUCAAGUCAAAUGGCCCCUUCAAUGGGACCAUCCACUCCAGGACCCAUGACACCAAUGACUCCAGCUUCGGCAGACCCGGGUAUUUUACCUCAAUUACAGAAUAUUGUUUCCACAGUUAACUUAAAUUGUAAGUUGGAUUUAAAGAAAAUAGCCCUACACGCGAGAAAUGCGGAAUAUAAUCCAAAACGUUUCGCUGCUGUGAUUAUGAGAAUAAGAGAACCUAGAACGACAGCUCUUAUAUUUAGCAGUGGUAAAAUGGUAUGUACAGGAGCCAAAAGUGAGGAAGACUCUCGUCUUGCAGCACGAAAAUAUGCAAGAAUCAUCCAGAAACUAGGAUUUCCGGCUAAGUUCCUCGACUUCAAAGUUCAAAAUAUGGUUGGCAGCUGCGAUGUAAAGUUUCCAAUCAGGUUAGAAGGUUUAGUCCUCACGCAUGGUCAGUUCUCAUCAUAUGAACCAGAAUUGUUUCCUGGUCUCAUUUACAGAAUGGUUAAACCUCGAAUUGUGUUGUUAAUUUUUGUUUCUGGGAAAGUUGUACUCACAGGAGCCAAAGUGCGCCAAGAGAUAUACGAGGCAUUUGAUAAUAUUUAUCCCAUACUGAAAAGUUUUAAGAAACAGUAAAAUAAUCUUUUCUACAGCGGUUUUGUGUGGAAGAGAUUUUGUUGGACACUUCACUUUAACUUCAAUCAUGAAGCUUUAGGCAGCAGAGCGACAAGUGCUGGUAUUCUUGAAUGUGAGUUGACUUGGUGUAUAAUAUAGAAUAAAAAAUAUUUUUAUACAGUGCUAGUUCUUCUUAGAAAAAUCAAAUUUUUAAUCUUAAAUAAAUAGCUUGCUAGUCUUUUUUAAAAAAAUGUGUGAAUUGAUAAAACAAUGCAGACGCACUUUUACUGUGUUAAAGUAAGUUUCUUAAGAUUAGGGUGAUAUAUUUUUACUUGUUACGAUUACACAGAGCAACAAAUGAUUGAAAAAAAAUGUGUCUUCUGUGUAA